AAGGAAGGAAAGAGUUUGGAAAUAAUCAUGCCAACCCCUAAGCCUGAGCUGUGGGCAGAGACCAACUUCCCUCUUGCCCCGUGGAAGAACUUAACCCUCUGGUGCAGAAGCCCUUCUGGCUCAACUAAGGAGUUUGUGUUGCUGAAGGAUGGGACCGGGUGGAUUGCAACUCGCCCGGCCUCAGAGCAGGUCCGGGCUGCCUUCCCCCUUGGAGCCCUGACCCAGAGCCACACCGGGAGUUACCACUGCCAUUCCUGGGAAGAGAUGGCUGUGUCGGAGCCCAGUGAGGCACUUGAGCUGGUGGGGACAGACAUCCUCCCCAAACCUGUCAUGUCUGCUUCCCCCCCAAUCCGGGGCCAGAAAUUGCAAAUCCGGUGCAAAGGAUGGCUGGCGGGCAUGGAGUUUGUUCUGUAUAAGGAGGGAGUGCAGGAACCUGUCCAGCAACUUGGUGCCGUUGGGAGAGAAGCCUUCUUUACAAUCCAAAGAAUGGAGGAUAAAGACGAAGGCAAUUAUAGCUGCCGUACUCACACUGAAAAGCGCCCCUUCAAGUGGUCUGAGCCCAGUGAGCCCCUAGAGCUUGUCAUAAAAGAAAUGUACCCCAAGCCCUUCUUCAAGACAUGGGCCAGCCCUGUGGUCACUCCUGGUGCCCGAGUGACUUUCAAUUGCUCCACUCCCCAGCAGCACAUGAGCUUUAUUCUUUACAAAGAUGGAAGUGAAAUAGCAUCCAGUGACAGGUCUUGGGCAAGUCCAGGGGCCAGUGCGGCUCACUUUCUGAUCAUUUCAGUGGGCACUGGUGAUGGAGGGAAUUACAGCUGCCGCUAUUAUGACUUUGCUAUCUGGUCUGAGCCCAGCGACCCUGUGGAGCUCGUGGUAACAGAAUUCUACCCCAAACCCACUCUUCUGGCACAGCCGGGUCCUGUGGUGCUUCCUGGGAAGAAUGUGACCCUGCGCUGCCAAGGGGCUUUCCAGGGCAUGAGGUUUGCCCUCUUGCAGGAGGGAACCCAGGUUCCCUUACAGUUCCAGAGCACCUCCGGGAACUCAGCUGACUUCCUCCUCCACAGUGUUGGAGCAGAGGACUCUGGGAACUACAGUUGUGUCUACUACGAGACAGCCAUGUCAAAUAGGGGAUCACAUCUCAGCAAGCCCAUUAUGAUUUGGGUGACUGACACAUUUCCCAAGCCAUGGUUGUUUGCUGAGCCCAGUUCUGUGGUUCCUGUGGGGCAGAAUGUUACUCUCUGGUGCCAGGGGCCAGUCCAUGGAGUAGGGUAUAUUCUACACAAAGAAAGAGAAGCCCCUUCAGUGCAGCUCUGGGGAUCCACCAGUAAUGACGGGGCAUUCCCCAUCACCAACAUAUCUGGUGCUAACAUAGGGCGUUACAGCUGCUGCUACCACCCUGACUGGACCAGCCCUAUCAAGAUACAGCCUAGCAACACUUUGGAACUCAUAGUCACAGGUUUGCUCCCUAAACCCAGCCUCUUAGCCCAGCCUGGACCCAUCGUGGCCCCUGGAGAAAAUAUGACUUUUCGAUGCCAAGGGGAACUGCCAGACUCAACAUUUGUCCUGUUGAAGGAGGGCACUCAAGAGCCUUUGGAGCAACAGAGCUCAAGCGGGUACAGGGCUGACUUCUGGAUGCCAGCGGUGAGAGGUGACGAUUCUGGGGUCUAUAGCUGUGUUUAUUAUUUGGACUCUGCUCCCUUUGCGGCUUCCAAUCGCAGUGACUUCCUGGAGAUCUGGGUGACUGAUAAGCCCCCUAAGCCCUCUCUGUCAGCCUGGCCCAGCACCGUGUUCAAGCUAGGGAAGGACAUCACCCUUCAGUGCCGAGGACCCCUGCCAGGUGUUGAAUUUGUCUUAGAACAUGACGGAGAAGAAGCACCUCAGCAGUUCUCAGAGGAUGGGGACUUCAUCAUCAACAACAUAGAAGGAAAAGGCAUUGGCAACUACAGCUGCAGCUACCGCCUCCAGGCCUAUCCUGACAUCUGGUCAGAGCCUAGCAAUGCCCUGGAGCUGGUGGGGGCAGCAGGGCCUGCCGCUCAGGAGUGCACUGUGGGGAACAUUGUCCGAAGUAGUCUGAUUGUGGUGGUAGUUGUAGCUUUGGGGGUGGUGCUAGCCAUAGAAUGGAAGAAGUGGCCUCGACUCCGAACCAGGGACUCAGAGACAGAUGGAAGAGACCAGACCGUAGCCCUUGAAGAGUGUAAUCAAGAAGGAGAACCAGGCGCCAACACCAGCUCUCCCUCAUCAGUCUCUCAGGGAACCUCAGUGGAACUGCCAGUCCCAAUAUAAUAGUCUCCUCCUUUACAAGAGCUUUCCUCUCCUCUCUUUUAUCCUCAGAGACCUGCAAAUCCUAUUGGUUAUACUGGGAGUCAACCCCAUCUACUGCUCCUUGGCCACUAAUCAUCUGAGCUGGGUUAAGGGGAUUCUGGGAGUUGAGAGCUCUACCAGGGUGAGAUGUUUCCUGAAGAGAUAUUCCCCACCCCUGUAACUCCUCACUGUACUGAUUUACUGGUGCAUGAAAUUCUGUUAAAAAUGUAUUCUGAAUAAAAAGAGUAUUCACUAUUUAA